GGGGCUGGCGACGCUGGCGGCGGACGUCGCGCCGGAGCCCGACCGGUUCAUCCUGACAUGGGGGGCCAACGCCCACAGCCAGUGCAUGGUGGACGCGGCGGCUUCCAGCAGCGUGGUCGCGCCGGUGAGGGUGCCGUGCCGGCGGCCCAUGAGGUCGCUGGCGGCGGGCUGGCACCACUCGCUGUUGGUGGACGGCAGCGGCUGCCUGUGGGGCGGUGGCACCAACCACGGCCACAGCCUCUCGGAGGAGGCGGAGGAGGAGCCCAUCCGGCUGACGAGGCUGGACCUGCAGGAGAUUGACGGCGUGCGCUUCGAGUGCGUGCAGCUGGGUAG